AUGCUGCGCCCAGCCGAGCUUGCAGCCUUCCAAACACGCUUCUCACAUGCAUCUUUGUUUCGUAAACGUCCUGGUCAGUUGAUUGUAAAUCGAGUCAAAGAUGUGACGCAUUUCUACUUCGUUGGCGUUGGAUUUCUUCCCGUACUCGUAUGUCUCAUCUACAAUCAUAUAGUUCAUGGUGCAUGCGAGUUGAAAGACUAUCCGGAAGAGGGUCCUCCACCACAUUAUUGGCAAUUUGAGAGAACACCAGUUCGUCAAUGGUGGGCGAAACAUUUCGGCGUUUCGGAUAUUGAGCAUCAUGAAAGACAAUUAGCGUACUUUGAAAAGCAGUCAAUUGUGGCCAGAUGGAGGCAAAUAGAGCAACGAGUGAAACAUUUGGAAGGAGAACGUUGGGAUUAUAAGGCUUGGACUUAUCAGCCGAUCUCUUCAACGUGGAUCGAUUAUGGCAAAUGGCAUGCACAACGAAUCAGUAAACAAUACGAACAGCAUGGCCAUUAUGCUUAUUAA